GUUAGGACCGGAAAUGUUGUCAUGAUAAACAACAUUGGUUCCCUGUUCGCACGUGCAGAAGUUUCAGAGAAGCACGCGACUUUAUGACUGUCAAUUGUGGCAUCCUAUCACAGUACCACGCUGGAAUUCACUGAGCUCCUGAGAGCGACCCGUUCCUUCACAGAUGUUUGUAGAAACCGUCUGCAUGCCUCGCUGCUGGGUUUUUAUACAGCUGUGGCCAUGGCAGUGAUUGGAACACCUGGUUUCAGUUAUUUGGAUGCAGGUUUACGUUUUCUUUGUCGUCAUGGCCGACGUGUUCAGCAGCAGCUCGGAAACCGUCAUUCAGCGAUCUGUCGACAUUCCACUGAAGGGAAACACUCCACAGGAAAAUCUGGAAGAGUUUUAUCAGCUCAAGAAGAUCAGCCAGUUCAUAAGUGAACACGGAUUUAAAAAGGUUGCUCUUCAGUUUCCUGAUGAGCUGCUGGUUGAUGCCGUGGCCGUAGCAGAAGAGCUUCAGAGAAACACUAACGUCAAGACUUAUAUUUUAGGAGAUACGUCUUACGGCAGCUGCUGCGUGGAUGAGGUUGCGGCCGAACAUGUCGGCGCUGACUGCAUCGUCCACUUUGGCGCCGCCUGUCUGAGUCCAUCCACACGGCUGCCACUGUUCUUCGUCUUUGAGAAAAGACCGUUGGACGUGGAGGCGUGUGCGUCCAGCUUCAGAGAGCUUCAUCAAGAUACGCAGAGUCACGUCAUCGUCCUGUACGACGUCAACUACCAGCACGCCAUCAAUGACCUCUUGGCGCUCCUGUCUCCAGAGUAUCCUAACCUGGUUGCCUCGGAGCUUCUAGUGGAGGGAGGGCGGUGUUACAGUCACGGUCGGAUGGAAGGACUGAACGGAGAAAGAGACCAGGAAGAAAACUGCCAGGUGAUACAUCAGUUUGGAAGACGGAUCUGUCUGAAAGCCGGUCUGAGUGUCGUAGAUUACCGGAUGUUCUACGUCGGCCAGGAAGGAGCUACGUUACGGAACUUCAUGAUUACGUGGAACCGCUGCAUGUUCUGCUCCUAUGAUCCCGUUUCCAUGACAGCAAGGACAGAGUCGGUCAUCAUCAACCGAGCGCUGAUGAAGCGAUAUUACGCCAUAGAACGGGCCAAAGACGCCGCCGUGGUCGGCAUCCUCGUCGGGACCCUGGGCGUAGCCGACUACCUCGGCAUCAUCCAGCAGCUGAAGGAGACGAUCCACGGAGCCGGGAAGAAGAGCUAUGUGUUCGCCAUGGGGAAGCUCAACGUUCCCAAGCUGGCAAACUUUCUGGAGAUCGACAUCUUUGUGCUGAUUGCAUGUCCAGAAAACUCGCUGCUGGACUCCAGUGAGUUCUACAAACCUGUCGUGACGCCGUUUGAGAUGGAUGUGGCCUGCAAUAAGAACAGGGAAUGGUCCGAGGAAUACGUCACAGAUUUCCGACAUCUCCUGCCAGGUGGGCGGAGCCACGUUCCUCCAUCUGAUCAGCAGGAUGGUGACGAAGCAGAUGUCUCAUUGAUCACCGGAUCUCUGCGGAACCAGAACCUGAGGAGCAGGGAUCCUGUAGAGUCCUCGUUCGGGUCGUCAGUGGUUCUGAGGAACCAGACUUUGACCGUGUCCAACCCAAACUCAGCUGCAUCUUUCCUGGCUGGUCGGAGCUGGCGUGGCUUAGAGCCGAAGCUGGGAGAGACAGCCGUGAUGAAGGCCGUGGAGGGGAGGCGGGGCAUCGCCAUCGCUUACGAAGAGGAGGGAACGUCUUCCUGAUUCACCACAAAGUCUCCACAUUUCAUCAAAUACAAUAAACCUUUAAUCAGCUGAAAUUGUUAUUUUCAUCAUCAUUAUCAUCAUCAUCAUCAUCUAUAAAGUUUUUACGUGGAAGGCAGUUCUUUCUGUUCCUGAUGAUUUGGAUUUACAACCUCGUCUGAGACAACAUACAGCACAGGCCGUUUACAUCACAGGAACUUCUUCCACAAAGGAUGCAGGAAAUAUACCAGUAUUCCCAUCACAGUGGCCUUCCAACCAGUCCUGGUUAACUGGAAAAAGAAGACACAUCCUUAGUAAACAGAAUUUUAUUUUCCAGAUGUUCUGAACGACUGGACGGAGUCUCACCUCUAGAGAGCAGCGUGAUGGUUGCCCCCUGGUCAAAGUUCAGGUCUUCAGGGUUGGAGGACUGGUAGGAGUGGAGGGCCACAAGACGGAUCUCAUCCUGGGGUUCUUCAUCGCUCAGCUGAAAUUAAAUUUUCAUUUUAAGAUUAAAUUUGUACGGAAAAGUUCAACUAAAAUGUUUCUGACUUCAGGACUUUUUACUCGAACGAAGGAGGUUUCAAACGGAACGGAAGUAUCCGGUCGGAUCCGGACCAGGAUGGCUGUCCAGCCGAGUUACCGUGGUAACUAGUGCUGGUGAACCGGUCUGAUCCAGGUCAUGAUAAAACAUGGUUCCUUAAGAUGAAUUUGAUUUUGAAGAACUUUCGUGUCACACCAAGGCAGGAAAUGUGUCUUUGACUGGCAAUAAAAACACACGAGUCGGUACACACAACAUUUACUAUAAUACAAAGUUAAUCGUGCAAACACACAUCAGACACAGAAACACAACUAGCCAUCCACCCGCUGCCAUCCACCUGCAGCCUGCACUCUGAUGUGUUAGCUACUGUAAUUUGUUGACCACAGUAACCACGUUGGGAAUAAAAUAACUCAUGAAUCUUUUUCUUUACCAAAGAUGCUCUAUAGCACCACCCUGAGGGGAGUAACGCAAACUCGUAGUGGGGGUGUGUUAUAUCUCUAGUUAGUGAUAGGGAUUUCCUUCGGACGGCAGAGCUGUAAAGUUCAUCAAAGGUCUUUGUUAACAGCCAGAAUCUUUCCCGCCGUCUUCACCACCCUGUUCACUUUGUUCCUGUUUAUUAGUCAGAUGUCCAAGCCACACCGAGAUGUUAAAAACAAGGAUGCUGUAAAUAAGACGCACAUACACCUUUCGUAAAAUAUCAGUAGUGACCUCAGGUUCUUUUAGCCUCCUCCAUUCUCUGGCUUUCUUACAUAUUUCAUCUGAGUUGUUAGUGAAGCUCAGCUGAUUACCUCUGCGUGUUUCCAGAUAUUUGAAGCGCUGGACUGUACCAUGGGAUGGGAACGUGUUUGAUUUUUGAUUAACAUGCCUUUCACCCUGCUGACCUCAUGUAAUCAGAUUAUAUUCAAUCUAUUGAAACCAGAUCACUGUAUUUCAUUGUUUCUAAAAUAAAAAAAAAACCUUAAAAUUGCUUAAGUAAAAGAUUAUAUGCAACAAGUUGCAAAUAGAAGUAAAGUCUGGAUGACCCCCACCCGUGGGUGGGUGUGCUGGGAGCCGAGACAAGUCAGAUUGAUUUCAGUAACUCGCCCUAAUGGAAGAUAUUUAUAUUUCAUUUUUCACAUACAGACACAUUUUAUGUCGUCAGACAUAUUAUUAUUAUUUUAUAUAAAAUGUUAGUAUCUUUUAUUGAAUUUAAUUUAAUAAAGGAUGAUUAUUAAUCUC